AUGAUUUUUGCCAUUGAGGAAAUAAACAAUAGCCCAGAUCUUCUUCCUGGCUUUGUGCUUGGCUACCGUGUCUAUGGCUCUUGCCCAAGUAUCCCUCUCUCUAUGGGAGCAUCGUUAGCUCUGAUCAAUAGACAAAUGGAAGCAGAAGAGAGCUGUGUAAGUCCCUCUACUGUGCAAGCUGUCAUUGGAGAAACUACAUCAACAUCCACAAUAGAUAUUGCAAGGACCAUGGGUCCAUUUAAAAUCCCUGUGCUAAGCCAUUCAGCAACUUGUGCAUGUCUUAGUAACAGACAACAGUAUCCAUCCUUCUUCAGGACCAUUCCUAGUGAUUACUACCAGAGCAGAGCACUGGCUAAACUAGUCAAGUAUUUUGGCUGGACCUGGGUCGGGGCUGUGAGAAGCAGGGGAGAUUACGGCAACAAUGGAAUGGCCACUUUUUUAGAAGCAGCAGAGAAAGAAGGCAUUUGUGUUGAAUACUCCAUGGCCAUUUACAGAACCGAUUCAAAAGAGAAGUUUUUGGAAGUCACAAACGUAAUUAAAAAAUCAACAUCUAAAGUCAUAGUAGCUUUCGCAGAUGGCAAUGAUUUGGACAUCCUCAUAAAAGAGCUUUACUACCAAAAUAUAACUGGCUAUCAGUGGGUUGGAAGUGAGGGUUGGAUCACUUACAGAUAUGUAGCAACCCCAAUGAACUAUGCUGUUGUAGGGGGAGCAAUAGGCUUUGCUGUGCCAAAUGCAUACAUUCCUGGAUUGAGGGAGUUUAUUGUGAGUAGCCGUCCCUCCUUGAGGUUAGGUAACACAGGACUGGUUGAGCUGUGGGAAAGCGUGUUUAACUGCAUUUUAAAUCCAAGCACACACAAUGUCUCUAAGAUAUGCAAUGGAAAGGAGUCCCUAGCUAAUACAAACACACGUUUCACAGAUGUGUCUGAUGCUAGUCUUCUAAACAAUGUCUACAAGGCAGUGUAUGCUGUCGCUCACGCAAUAGAAGCACUGCUGACUUGUGAGAAAGGGAAGGGGCCAUUCCCCAACAAGACAUGUGCAGAGAAUGGGAAAAUACAACCUUGGCAGGUGCUGCAUUAUCUGACCCAAGUGAACUUUACAACCAAAAACGGAGAGAACGUUUACUUUGAUAAUCGUGGUGACCCAGUUGCACGCUAUACUCUGGUUAACUGGCAGAUGAACUAUGAAGGAAUAAUAACAUUUGAGUCAAUUGGCUUAUAUGAUGCAUCCAAGCCAGAGGGACAACAGAUUCAAAUGAAAGAUGACAUUGAUGCAAUCUGGGCAGGAAACCAGAAAAAUGUCCCUCUGUCUGUGUGUAGUGAGACCUGUCUUGCAGGCACUCGGAGGGCCUUCAUGAAAGGAAAACCCAUCUGCUGCUUUGACUGCAUCGACUGUGCUGAUGGAGAGUUCAGCAACACCACAAAUGCAGUAACAUGCGUUACAUGCCCUCUUGAGUACAAAUCAAAUGGGAACAGAACACGAUGUGAACUCAAAAACAUUGAAUUCUUAACAUUUAAAGAAGUAAUGGGUAAUAUACUAGUGACAUUCUCUUUGUCUGGUGGAUUUCUCACAAUCACAAUUGGGUUGAUUUUCUUCUACCACAGACAUACACCAAUAGUAAGAGCUAACAACUCAGAAAAAAAAAAAAAAAAAAAAAAAAAAACACCUGCUCCCGACCACAAAACAUCUGAAUGUUUUCUGUUCUUUAGGUAA